AUGAUGCACUUUUUAUCUAUAUUUUUCUGUUACGUGAUUUUACUUCAAAUCGAUGUUUUUGCUCAAUUAAGUUCAAGCUCUUGUACUCUUCUUCGUACAGCUGAUAGUCUGGCGACGAUUAUACCAGAAGUUGCUCAACUUGCAAUGCGUUUUCAUCGUGCUUCGUCGUUUUCGUCUCAACAUCAUCGACAGAAACGAUUUUUAUUUAAUGCAAACAAACUAAAAGAUGCCAAUUCUGCAAGUAGCUUAAAAGGUACUAUAGUUGAACAAAUGAUUACUAAUUCAAUACAAAAUAUGAAUUUCACUUAUAUUGCAAUUUCAAUAUUGAAUAACAAUGAAACAAUGAAUAAAAUCCGAGAGAAUAUCGAUAAUGAAACUAUUAUUCGUAUAGUUUUGCAAGAAAUUGAUUAUGAAAAAUUAGGAAGUGGUCUAUGGUCUGCUGCUGACAACAACUUUGAUUUAGAACACUUUAUUGACAACAUUAUUAAUAUGACGCAUAUGAAUAUUAUUCAUGGCGAACUUAUCGUAAAUGGUACUCUACCCGAAGAAUUUUUGCAAAAUAUUCAUCCAGAUUUAGAUGGUCGAAAAAUUCAACAAAUAUUUUCAACAUUAAAGCAUACGAUUAAUAGAUUUGUACAAGUUUUAAGCACAUCAGAAAGAUUUGAUAAUUAUUUAUUUAAUAUGGUAACAAAACAAGCGUUAACACCAUUGAAUAAUAUUAUCCAGAGAGUUCAGAAAUCUAAACCUGAAACAUUUAAUCAAUUAAUCGAAAUAAUUAUUAACAGCGCCAAUAAAGCAGCUAUGGAAACAAUGACAACAAGCAAACAACCAACAUCAAUGGCAACAUCUGACAAGAAAUCACUGCCACCAGUCGUAACAAUAGUAGAUCUUAACGAUAGUGAUGAUGUUAAAUUAAUGCUCUAUCAAUGGUCUAUUGCUAUAGAUUCUAUGGGACAAACAGUUCGAAUUAUAUUAAAAUCACUUGAAAAGCUCUAUUGUACAUCAUCAUGGGAAUAA